CAGGCACUUCGAGGAGAUCUGCAGCUUUCCUGUAGCUACGGGACACUCACGGUGGAUUCGUCCGCUUGCUACGCUGUGUGCUUGAACUCAGCCCAGGCCAUCUUCGGCGGCAGUGUGCACACCGUGACGCCCUCUGAGGAGAUUGCCGAUGGGAACAGCUUCAGCGUUCCCUGCGUGGAUCUGCUCGCUGGAUGGGAGGGCAAUGUCAUUGCCACCUGUACCACAGGCUCCUUAUCAGUGGAUGCAUCCGGCUGUUCGGGUCUUCCCUGCGAAGUGGGCGACAGCAUCAGCGUCACUCUCUAUGAUCAGACCCAGUCUGUGGCCAUCUCCCAGGAGUUAGCCCAUGAGACUUCGUCCUCAGUGGCGUGCUCCAGCGUCAACGCAGACUAUGCCGGAGACUUCAUCUUGACCUGCCUGGCAGACGUGCUCCAAGUGGACAAAAGUGGCUGCGUUUGCCAGGAGCAGGCCUGUAGCACGGCCCCCUGCCCCUUGGGCGACACCUUCGCGGUGUCGUUGACUGGCGUGAGCGGUUCAGUGGCGGUCACCGAGACCGUGCAGUCCUUACAGUCGUUGACCCUCACCUGUGACUCUGCCGCGCCGGGCCAUGAUGGAAGCUUCUCGGUGCUGUGCAGCGGAGGCGGCGUUGGGACAGCGACAUGCGCAGCGAAGUCUUGCGGAGCUCCACCGAAGGUCGUGUAACAUUUGGUUGGAAUCCAUCGCUAGUAGGUUGGAGGCCAGCGUUAUUAGGGUGGAGGCCAUCGCUGUUGGGGUUGGAG